UCUGGAUCCUGUGUUCGGGGCUCGUCCUGGGUGCGGGAUAAGGUGAGGAGAAGCGAGAGCGAUGCUGGUGCCGGGGAUUUUAGGGUUUCAGGGUUUGGUCUAUUUGUUGCUGGCGUUGGGUUGCGUGUGGAGAAAUUCCGAGGCGAAGAGGGAAGACCUCGUCAUGAGGUUCGCGGAGGAGGAUCAUGCUGACGUGGCGGAGAUGGAGGUUGCUGCGGCUGAGUCGGUGGAGUACUCUUCUCCGGUUCCCGUGGAGUACUCUUCUUCGGUUCCGGUGAAUGUUUCGCGCUGGUACCAAUGUGCGGUGUGUUUUGCGCCUACCACCAUGCGCUGUUCUCGCUGCAAGGCUGUUAGAUAUUGUUCGGGUAAGUGUCAAAUUAAUCAUUGGAGACAAGGUCACAAGGAAGAAUGUUGUCCUCCAACUACCACCAUGGAGCUGAAUGAUGAAGAUAUUUUUUGCAGGGCAUCAGUAUCCCAAACUCAGUCUGGUUUUCAUGAAAUCAAAGGAACACAUGAUGGGAUUUCAUAUUCCAAUGACUCGUAUUCCAACCUUAAUCCUUCAGUUGCUGCAAGAAAAUCAUUUGAUGAUAACUAUCACAGCAGAUUUGCCAAAUCUGUCUGCGAUGAUAAUAAUGAUGAUUCAAGUGUUGCUUCUGCUCAUAACAAAGAGACAGUGUUGACCCCCACAAUUUCCUCAGAAUCUACAUAUUCUGUGAAUGUUGAAGUUAAGGAUUCUAGUGCAAGCAAAAGAAGCAAGACAAAUCCUAGCAACACUAAUGAUGAGACUCGAUCUAAAUCAAAAUUUCCCAAAGUUAAAUCUGACACAUCUCAUGAUGAGGCAGCAAAUUUGGGUAGCCAUGAACGCAGAAGAAAAGUUGCAAUAGUUGAAAAAUCAGCUGCAAUAGAUGCCUCUAAAUGCAAAACUGUGCCUUACUUGAGUGGUUCAAGUAAAUAUGCUGUAAUUGAUGAUGUAGAAGAAGAAUCGCAUUUGUCCAAAUACAGAGAAGCACGGAGAUCAUCAUCUAGUUCUCGUGAUCGACCAUCCUCAACUACUAAGGGGGAUUCUCUUUCACAGUCCAAGUGUAUAAAAAUGGACAAUUAUCAUACCUUACCCACAAAAGUUAGUGCGAUUCCAAAUCUGCAGCAAAAUGUUCGUAGUGGUUUGAAAACAUCAAUGCAAAAAGUUGUCCAGCAGUUUAGAAGCUCAAAAGAGUCAAGAUCCAAUUCAGCGUCUGCCGAAAAUGAGAUGGGCUUUCCUUAUGAACUCUUUGUGGAACUUUACUGUUAUGACAAGAUGAGGCUAUUCCCCUUUGGCCUUACAAACUGUGGGAAUAGCUGUUACGCUAAUGCAGUUCUCCAGUGCUUGGCAUAUACUAGGCCUCUGACUUCAUAUCUUUUUCAAGGGUUUCAUUCAAAACGAUGUCAGAAGAAGGGAUGGUGUUUUACAUGUGAGUUUGAGUAUCUGAUUCAGAAGGCAAAAGAAGGGAAUUCUCCACUUUCACCAAUUGGGAUAUUAUCUAAGAUACACAAGAUUGGAAGCCAUCUUGGGCAUGGGAGGGAAGAAGAUGCUCAUGAAUUUUUGAGGUGUGCGGUUGAUACAAUGCAAUCUAUUUGCCUCAAGGAAGCAGGUGUUUCAAGUCCUUUGGCAGAAGAAACAACUUUAGUUGGUUAUACUUUUGGAGGUUAUCUACGAUCUAAGAUAAAGUGCUUAAGAUGCCUGGGGAAAUCUGAGAGGUACGAGAGAAUGAUGGACCUGACUGUUGAGAUUGAUGGGGAUAUUGGAACUUUGGAGGAGGCUCUUGGGCAAUUUACAGCACCUGAAAUCUUGGAUAAAGAUAACAAGUAUAAUUGCAGCAGAUGUAAAACCUAUGAGAAAGCCAGGAAGAAAUUGACAGUAUUGGAGGCACCAAAUAUUCUCACAAUUGUAUUAAAACGAUUUCAGUCUGGUAACUUUGAGAAGUUGAAUAAGUCGGUUCAGUUCCCUGAGGUUCUGAAUAUGGCUCCAUAUAUGAGUGGAACAAAAGAUAAAUCUCCACUAUACAGCCUUUAUGCAGUGGUUGUCCAUUUGGAUAUCAUGAAUGCUGCAUUUUCAGGUCAUUAUGUCUGUUAUGUGAAGAAUAUCCAAGGAGAAUGGUUCAGGACUGAUGACAGCAGGGUAGAACCCGUUGAAUUGUCAAGAGUCUUAUCAGAAAGGGCAUACAUGCUUCUUUAUGCAAGGCACACUCCCAAGCCACUGGGUUUAGUAAGUAGCAAUGCUAUCUCUUCUGCUGGAAAGUUCAAGAGGAGGAACCUGGAGGCUAUCCCUGCUACUUCUAAGAUUAAGUCAAAUUCCAUGGCCACAAGUGGUGAUUCUUCCUCCCUACAGCAGAAGAGUGUCAAGUACCCUUACCGGAAUGCUGUCGAUGAUUCCUUAAGCACUGAUUUUGCAUAUCCAGAAGAAUGGAGAUUCCAGUAUGGGGGGAAAAAUACAAUGGUGGAUUCUUCUAGCGAAAGUUCACUUUUCAGCUCUUCAGAUGCAAGUUCUUGCAGUACUGCAAGUAUCAAGGACUCAGCCAGUACUGCUGAUUUCUCGGAUUACAUAUUUGGUGAGGUGGGACCCAAUUGGUAUAGCCACUAUGGCCUUUCAUCUAACUUGGUGUCAUCCUCCUAUGAUAACUUGGAUACAGAUUACUUAGUGAAUAGUGGUGCAAGUAGAAGGCUCCGGCAGGAUUCAGAAGAUAAACCAGUUUUGUAUGCUAACAAAAACAAAAAUCAAAGUGGCAGUAGGGGAAUUGACCUUAAAAGGUAUAUCACUGCUAACCAUUAUGACAAAAAAUCUGGUGUACAUGUGAGAAGAACAAGUGGAGACACAUCAGCUCAAACGUUUUAUUGAGUUUGAGUUGAGAGAUAUAAGCAACCAUCUUGGAUAUUUUUGGUGUAGUGAAGAGAAUCAGUAUUUCGCUAAUCCUAAUAGAAUGAGGAUUCCUGUUCAAUGUUCAUUCUGUACUCCAAUGACUUUAUUUAUUCAUUAGUA